AUGGCGGCUACUCAACCCGAGAAGAAGAUCAGUCUUCCCUCUAAAAUCUUUGAUGAGAUGGCAAAGAAGUAUGAGAAUGGACUUGGCGGUGCGCAGAAUGAUAUUGUUAGAGCCUUGCUGUCACAUUCAAAGGAGAACCACCCCAUCGAUUCUAAUUCAGUCAUUCACGAUAAUGCCUGUGGACCGGCCGUGGCUACUAGCGAAAUACUAAACCAGAGCAUAGCUCCGCCACCAAAAAUCUUUGCGACAGAUUACGCCCAGGGGAUGAUCGAUAUCACAAACUCCUACAAGGAGCGAAGGGGAUGGGAUACUGUUACCGUCCAACAGAUGGAUGGGCAAGCGCUAUCCUUUGAGGAUGCGAAGUUUACGCACUCUAUCAGUUCUCUCGGUGUUUUUAUGUUUCCGGACGAAAAGAAGGGACUCUCGGAGAUGUAUAGAACUUUGAAGCCCGGUGGGUGGAUAGGAGUCACAUCCUGGAAGGAUGUUCGGUGGCCCACGGCUGCUAUUGCGGCCUAUGAGAAACUUUUCCCGGCUGCCGAGGAGCCCUUGAUUUUGCCCAUCCUAAAGAACUGGAUGGACCCGGAAAGUUGCGAGAGGAACCUUCGCCAGGCAGGAUUUCAUGAUGUUAAAGCGGAAGUUGUGCCUUGUGUGAAUCGACAACUAAGCAAAGAGAUUGGUGCAAGCGCUUUUGUUGAGUUUCUCAGACAUGUUAGUCCAACAAUUACAUCUUGGGAUGAGAGCACCCAAGAAAGAUUUCUAGCUUACUAUAGCAACUUAGUGGAGGAUAUGUUCUCGCCUGCGAUCAACGGAAACGGCGUAGAACUUACGCUUUAUGCUAUCGUGGCAUCAGGCAGAAAGUAG